AUGAAACAAAUCGCCGCAUCGCACAGCAUCACAUCUGUCGAUAAUCCAGUCCUCAUUACCAGUUCAUCUCGUGCUCUCAUUAAAGGAGUUAUCCCCAAGUAUUUUAGCUUUGUGUGGUCGUUGGCUCAGUUCCGAUUGGUUGAAGGCUCUCAGUAUAUUGUUGCAUUUGGUCAUCAAAAGAACACAGUGGUGAUUCUUGGCUUAGAUGGAAGUUUCUAUAGAUGCCAAUUUGACCCAAAAGCUGGAGGGGAGAUGACUCAACUGGAAUAUCACAACUUUGUGAAGCCUGAUGACUCUUUCUAA